GAAAGAGGCCAAACAGGACCAAAGCUUUAGGUAUUUCACUGUUAGCCAAAAUCGUGCCUGUAAACACAGCUUAUGAUUGAUGUGCUAAUGAGCAUCCUGAAACAUUGCAGCAAAAUAAAAGCAGGUUUCACCUGACAUAAUGCAAAUUACAAAGGUUUUCACACCCCUUAACCCUUUUGUCUUGGUACAAACAUUAGUGUAUUUUGUUGAGAUUUUCAUUGCCCUUUUUACUUUGAUACAUUAAAAUUCAGUGCAGCUAGUUAUCUUCAAAAGUCAUCUGAUUUCUAAAUGCACUCAAUCUAUGUGUAAUUUAGUCUCAAUAUAAAUCCAGGUCAUCUGGGAAGGUUUCAGAGUUUUGUUAGAAAACAUUAGUGAAUAAACAAUGUCACAGGACAUAAAUGAACACUGCAGACAUGUCUGAGGUAAAACUGUGGAGAAGUUUAGGGCAAGUUAGUCUUUAAGAAAAUGCCCUAGGGUUAGAAUAUGUCAUGGAGCACAUUCAGUCCAUCUUCUGAAAAUAGAACAACUGCAAACAUACCAAGACCUGGCUAAACACAGGGUACACAGGAAGAAGAUUUGCUUAAGGUUUGAGACUGGCAUGGUUCACUCAACUACCAUGAAAUAUUUUAGAUCUUAGUUUAGUCGUAUAAUAGAACGGUCCAGUCAAACUCCAGACCUAAAAUCAACAGCAAUCUGUUGUGAAAUCAAAUCAUGUUCCCCUUUUCUUUCAAUUCACCAUUUUCAACAACUUUGUUUUGAUGUUCAUCAUAAAAUCUUAACAAACGCAGAUUUUUCUGGUUGUAAUGCAUCACAAGAAAACCAAUAUUUCCUCAAGGCAUAGACGCAACAAAGUGAUACAGUAAAGUGUAGUAUUUAUUGAGAUUGUCAGGAAAUGUACUGGGAUAAUUAGGCAUUAUGCUGGGGUGGUGGUGGUGGUGGUUUCUGUAGCUGGAAUUCUGAUUUUUUUAACGCAACCAGAACCUCAACUAGACAUACGCGUUAAUGCCCUUUUUGCUGCUCGCCUUUGCAAGGUGGUCUUAGAUUGGUGUGAAGUUAGCUGGAUGUUUCUAUAAUUUUCAAGUAAAUCAAACAACCUGUCAAUCCAGAUGUAAUGAGUCACACUGUCUUUUUCAACUUCCAAAUAAGCAUCAGGUUGGCAGUUGUCUCCCUAAUCACAAAAAACCCAUAUACAACAAACAAUAAUUAAACAUUUAUAGAUAUAAUAGUGUUGCAAAGAUUGGCAGCCAAAGAACAGAGUUUCAUAACACACAAAUGAAUUUAUUGGCUUAUUCUUUGAGGCAAUAAAAUAACUUUUGGGACAGUAUUAAGACAGGGAGGUAAUAUUUUGCAAUUAUUUAUGUAAUUAUGCUUUUGUGCAUGAGAACAAUAUAUUUUUAAAUUAGCCAAUCAGCUUAAGUGUAGUAUCUGACAGAAAUAUUGAGGAAAACAUAUUUGCUUUACAUAAUGCCUCAAUUUUUAUGCAUUACAGACUAAUUGGAUAAACUAAAAUUAUUAUAAAAACAGUUUUUUAUGAUUUGGAUGCAAAUCCUGUACAGUCACUAAAAGUUGAUUGGCAGCCAACGGUGGUUCAACAAUGAGACACUCUCCCCCAGCCUCCAUCUUCCUCUUUUCCUCAUUCCUUUAAGCACUGCAGGCAUUCAGCCUUUUCGCUGUGACUCUCAUUCAAAAUUGAUGAUUAUUGUUUCUGUUUUGCAUCUCGCCUCACUCUAAGGAAACCAAUUCUGAGAACACAGGCCAUCUCGACAGGAUGCGCUAAAAGAUCCACCUGCAGAUUGAUGUUCUAGCAUCAAUAUCCACAUAUAAUUCUGUUUUACAUUUAAACCUGCACAGUUAUUCAAAUUGGGCUUGAUGGGAGAUGUCAACCAACCUCUUAGUUUUGCGCCACUUUCCUGAAUCUGAGCUGAAAAUAAAUUCUGAUGCUUUUCCUAACGGAUAAAUCACCUGUAAAUACAGACCAUCUACCGUAACUACACUGUCAGCUCUUUCAAGUCCCAAGCAUUUCUCAGUCUUCACCAUGUUAAACAGAUGAUGUACUAUAUCCUUGGAUCGUAAUCUCUCGUUUGAGUCCUCCUUACUGCUCGUCUCAGAUGGUUCUGGUCCAGGUUUCGUCUUGGAUCCAUCUGUCCAGAGAAUCUUGUUCCAGUACUGUACACCAUAUUCAUAAAGGCCUGCUUUGACUGCAAGGCUUUAUAAAACGCCUCCUCAUGAAUGUUGAGAUAGCAUGAUGCUUCAAAGCAGAUUUCUUUUACCAAGAAAGUAGUUAAUUUGUGUUCUUCAUGCAAAAAUUACGAGACUAAUUUAUCAACAUAUCCCCGUAUUCACAAAGUUACAGACCAUAAAAGGAACUGCAAUAUGCAAAUUCAAUAUCCAGAAUCUUGAUCUGGAUAUUUGUCGUGAAUAGCAAUAUAAAAGACUCAUCAAGAGAACAAGAUUCUCCUGAGUGUACAAGAGAAAAGAGGAAAAAUAUGAAGUAAUGAAAAAUAAACCAAUAAAUCACUCAUUGAUCAAAAUGGGAUGCUCUAAUCAGUGAUCAGCAUGUACAUGUAGUAAAUUAUCCAAUUUCUUAAAAAACAUUAAUAUUUAAUUAAGUUAAAGUUAAGUAAAUACACUAAAUCCCAUUCUUCCAGUGUGCAACUCUACCAACAAACUGCAUGUUCUUUAAUAUUUUUGCAGGGACACUCUAUCUCAGUCUAAACUGAGACAGACUUGUUUUUACUUAGUUUCGUGUUAGAUUCUAAACUACUACUACUGCAUCAAUAACAGGCAAAAGUAAUCCAGAUGAACAGUAACAUAUGUAGGAGAAAACAUAAGCACAAUGCAGCAAGUAGCAAAAAAGAAAAAGUUAAGCAAUUAAAAAGAAAAUUACAAUAAUAAAUAUAAAACUAGGAAACAUAUUCUCCAACUAGAAGCAGCAUUUGUUACAUCUAAAUUUAGAUUUCUCAUUAAAAUCUCCUCGUAAGAAUGUCACAUCUUGAUUGUGAAAACAGAAAAAAAUCUAAUUAUUUGAGGACUUCUAACCACCAAUCCAAUGAGCACUUGAUUACGGAUGCUUUUCAAGAUCUGCAUGUUUAAUUGAAUCAAUCAGAAGCUAUGUGUAUAAUUCCAAUCCUGAUUUGCCAGAGAAGCAAUCUCAUUGACUUCUUCACGAGAGGACUGUUAACCAUCCCUGCUCAUAAGCAUUUUCUCUAAAAAGAGACAUUUUAGAAAAAGAGAAACAAUACCUUCAAAAAUAUACAUUAUCAAUUAUCUUCGUAGUUUAAAAAAAAGCCUUGGCUCUCAUCAUGUCAGCCUCACUGUAGCAGCAACCAGCUGCAGUUUAUCACGUGCAGCUGCGCUCCACGCUGUGCUCACAUCAGCAAAGAUAACCAUGCAAUCCUUUGAUUUCAGCCACCUGAGCAGCUUCAAUUAAAGCUAGAAAAAACCCUGUAUGAUCUACACUCCAUUCUGGAGAACAAAAAGUAAAAAUCUGUUAAUGCUGUAUGGAUGCUUGCUGGAUGCAUAAGUUAACCAGGAUAAAUAUUUAUAUUUAUCCAAUCAUGAUGUACUUUCCUCAAGCUCAAUUGUGUGUUGGCGUGGUUUGGUGUAGACUGAGAAGGAGCGAUGGUGAGCAAUAUUAGCAUAAACGAGGUGGAUUAUUUAGCCUUUUUGCGUCCCAGAAAAGUCGAUGGAGUGAGUUUCUCUUUAAAUAAGACAGCGUUACCACCACCUGGGAACUUUGAGACAGCCUGGGAAGAGCGGCGGACUCAGAGCGCGGUCCUCUCUUUGUGAGUGAUUGUUUUUGGGGCCUGUUGACUGACGCCAAGCUGAUGCAGCCACACCACACUCAAGCUGCUCUGCUGGUCGAUAUCUGGGGUUCAGAACCUGAUCUGCUGGUUGAUGUCAGGGGUUCAGAAGUUGAGCGAACAGGUUUUCUUUCUUGUCAGCACUGACGACAUAUCCAGAGCUUUAAACUCUCCCUACUGAGAGGAAAAGACAUGAAGAUGGAGACUUUCUCAAGAUCACAGAUUCUGCAGGACUUUAAUUUGCAAUGCAACAAACUGGCAUCCAACAACAACCGAGGCUUUAAACAGGCCUUUAGGGAGCUGAAUGAUGUUGGGAAAGACCUCCCCAGUAGAGCAGGCAGCUUGGAGGCCAACAGAGAAAAAAACAGAUACCCCUGCGUUUUGCCAUAUGAUCACUGUCGGGUGAGGCUUUCAGUUCAAAACCAGAACCCAAAUUCUGAUUACAUCAACGCAAAUUUUGUCCCUGGUGGUGGAACAGAAAGGGAUUUCAUCUGCACCCAAGGUCCAAUGUCCAACACUUUAGCCGACUUCUGGAGGAUGGUCUGGGAGCAAAACGUCAGGAUAAUCCUCAUGUUGACCGCUCUCAGAGAAAAGAACACGGUAAUGUGUGAAAAGUACUGGUCUCUGGAAGAAGGGACAGUUUAUCACGGGCUGUUCCAAAUAACAACAGUGGCUCGGAAACAGGGUCCAGAUUAUUUUGUUACUACCAUUAACCUGCGACAGAGGGACCUGCCAAACGACAGGAUAAUCACACAUUACUACUACCCGUCCUGGCCGGACCAGAGAAUCCCAAACCCAUUUUCUCUGUGUGUGUUCACUGAGCAUGUGCGGCAGCAUUUGGAGGCUCUGCCCUGCCUGGGGCCAGCUGUGGUGCACUGCAGUGCAGGCAUUGGCCGGUCGGGGACAUUUGUGACUUUGUUGUGGCUGAUGCAGCUGAGCAUGAGAGGGAUCCCACCUGACAUCAAAGGUGCUGUGAGGGACCUACGCCUGCAUCGGAUGUCGAUGGUCCAGACACUUGACCAGUACAUAUUUAUUCAUCACUGUCUGCUACAUUGGCUCAGCGGAGGACCAUCGGCAAGCAGGCAACAGAUGCAGGUACCAGAUUUGAAUUCUAACCAACACAAGAAGGAUCAACCUCAGAGUUCACGGAGGAGGCGACACAGAUCUCAACAGAAACCUCCGGCAGACCAACCCCAAAACACACUGCAACAGAUUUUUAAACCUGGGAACCUACUGAGGAGGUUAAUACCCUCCUUAUCGCAGAUUAAUCCAGACUCACAAAAGGCCUGAAGAUAUCCUCUGAAAAAGGCAUGGAAGAACUGAUAACCAUCACAUUGGAUGUAAAAGAGGAGGAAAAAAAGGCCUUCUUGAUGCUGCUUUAUACAAGUGUAGGAAAUGACUAAAGAUGCAACACUGUGUGCGCAGUGUGAAGGGAGGGCCCGGAAGCACAGAACUGCCCUGACAACAUGCAGAUAAAUGCUUUUAACAAAGACACAGCAGUUUGUACUGUAACCACGAGGAAGAACUGAGGGAAUAAUUUAUCAGGUUAAACCUGUUAUUCUGCAAAUCACGUCUGAUUCAUGAGAAAAGGAGGCUGCAUGAAGUAAAAAUACUGCAGGCAGAGGCUUUUUAUCAGGUCACCAACAAGAAACCUUUUAUGAUGAGCAAAGUUUCCAGGUGGGAGCAGCUAGAGAGCUAAUUAUUUACUUUAAGAUGUAUUUUAUUAACAACUGUUGGAAAAA